AUGUCAAAGAAAUAUGCAACUGUUAUCGGGGCUGGAGUUUCAGGAUUAACGACUGCCGUCUUGCUGCAAGAAGCAUACGAAGUUACAAUCCUGGCAAAAAACUUUCCAGGCGAAUUAAGGGGCGAAUACGCUAGUCCAUGGGCCGGCGCACAUUGGAGAAGCGAUGCAAAGUUAGAAGAUGCUCGGCAACAAGACUUUGAUAGGAAAACCUUUAUUCACUUUUGGGAUCUGGGACACAAUAAAUCAUUUGAAACUGGAAUAAUGAUUGUAGACGGUUUUGACUAUUGGGACAAACACCCUCCAUCGGAUUGGAAGGAACCAUGGUUCAAAGAUUUAUGUCCAGGGUAUCGUCACCUGAAAAAGGAAGAGUUACCAAAAGGCGUUGAGUUCGGAACCACUUAUAAAACCAUCACGAUUAGCCCACCCAAAUAUCUUAUUUACUUGAUGAAAUGUUUUCGCAUUAAUGGGGGAUCCACUAAACGCGCAUCUUUGUCUCACAUCAAAGAAGCAAUUUUUGACAAUACUGAUGUUGUAAUAAAUUGUUCAGGACUUGGUUCGAAAAGUUUGAGGGGCGUCCAAGAUCAAGACGUCUAUUCUGCAAGCGGGCAAACAAUAUUAGUACAAUUGCCUGUUGGACAUGUAAAUUGGACAUUUGGACGGUAUGCAGCCGGAAGGACAGAUGGCGGCACGCAUAGAAAAAAUGAAGUACUCACCUAUGUAGUACCGCGAGACAAUGGAGAAGUUGUACUUGGUGGAACUUAUGGUCAGCAUGACUAUUCGAUUACACCUGAUGCAGAUAUUGCAAAUGAUAUCAUUGCACGAUGCAUUUCUACGCGUCCAGACCUAUUACCAAAGGGCGAGACAAAACUUAAAAUCAUAAGACAUGGUGUAGGUUUACGGCCCGUUCGAAAAAACGGAAUCAGGAUUGAAACAGAAUGGACACAAUCAGAACAAACAGGAAAAAAAAUUCUAAUUUGUCAUAAUUACGGCCAUGGAGGAUAUGGAUGGCAAUCAAGUUACGGCGCCUCAAUGCAUGUAAUUGAAACCUUAAAACGGGCUUAUGAUAAACAGUUUAUAGCGAAGAUCUAA